AUGUCUCAUUACAUAUUUUCUUGUUCUAAAAGUAAAAAUAGCAAUUUUGGUGUACCAAAAGAUGCUGAUAUUUUUAAGACUUGGCAGAAAUCUUUAGGUAUGCCACUUAAGCGAAGUUCUAGAGUUUGUGAAAUUCACUUUGAACCUCAAGACAUUGUAACAGAAUGGAUGUUAGGCCUGGGUCUUAGUAUCCUAAUUUUUGAUGAAAUUAGUUUGAGAGAGAGCCUAAGUGUUAAUAGUAAAACUCUAACAUACACGGGCCUUGAAGAUUUUGGUGGAGAUAUACAACGUAAAGAAGGCAAUGAACAUAAAGCUAACCAUGGAUUUGUGUUCAUGUGGCAAAGUUUAACAGAGAAGUUCACUCAAUCCAUAGCAGUAUUUGCCUCCAAUGGACCUAUAAAAAGUGUCCAUCUUACUUAAUUAAUUAUUAAAGUAAUUGUAUUGAUGGAGAAUAGUGGUAGACAAAUAGUUGGAAUAACAAGUGAUGGAG